UCUUCAAUAGCAAACAUUCACGACUUCACGACAGCAACAGCAAUACAUCUACUUGCCGUCUUACCCCGCAGUUCAACUUCAGCUGAGCAACACAAUCCCGCCCCGCUUCUCCUAGGUAUUGCCACGAGGCUUUCCAGGCGGCCAAGGUCCAUUUAUUAUCCUCAGCCCCCAUUCCAACGACAACAAGCUUCGCGCCGAGGCUGGGCUGAGCUUGGAAAAAUGCAAUCAAUCCGCGAAUUCAAUAUCGAACUCAAUUCGCCGCAGCACUGGAUUUGAGAGAUCGAUAAGAUCACGAUAUAUUCGUGCGACAGACUCUGUGUUCCAGCGCACAAUCCUUUGCGCCCGACACAACUCACCAGCGCAUCUAGCAACCAAUCGGGGAUUCUACAUUCCGCCUGAUUGCCUUGUUGUCCGCAAACGCCAGCAGUGCGCCCACUCAAAUACACAGUUCGCCCAUUUCGACAAGGAACGGCAGACUUUUACAACAUAAUACAAAAUGACGUUUAAUAUGCAUUCCAUAAAGCGCCAAGCGCGAAAAGAAGCAUGGUACAGCGAUUCCUGGAAUCCAUUCAGAAAGACCAGCAGAGCGAAGACCUGGGCAGCGUCAGGAACCGACAUCGAAUCCGGGCGACAGAGAAGACCCGAUGAUAUGGAUGAGAGAGAAACUCCAUUAUCCGCAGUCCAGACCGAACCUACAUUCCAUUCGAACCACUUCAAUGAAGGCACAGAUGAGAAUGAGAGACCCAGGAAUUCAAAGGACAAUGAGUACCAGAUGACUACAGCGUCGAGUUCGAACGGCAAGGCUAGAGAGGGCGAUAGCGAAGAGACGGUCGUGGAUCAGACGUCGACACGACCCAGAAGUCAAGAGGAAAAGGCACGAAAGAGAUUCUUGGGUCGGUUCUCGAAGAAGAAUAAGGAAGAGGUUCCAGAGGGAGAGGAUGAAGAGAAGAAGAGACCGUGGUAUAAGGGCAAGGUCCUACCUCACAAGGAGCCAUUUACACUUCGGAACCAGAUCCAGAGAACGCUUCUCAACUCUUGGAUUAAUAUCCUGCUCUUGGCUGCACCGAUUGGAAUAGCGUUGAAUUAUGCUGGAGUGGAUAAGAAGGCGGUUUUCGUGGUCAAUUUCAUUGCCAUUAUUCCUCUGGCGGCUAUGUUGAGUUUUGCAACCGAGGAGAUUGCUCUUCAUGUUGGAGAGAGUUUGGGUGGACUUUUGAAUGCUUCUUUUGGAAACGCCGUCGAAAUGAUCGUCGCCAUCAUCGCCCUCGCCCACGACGAAGUUCUCGUCGUACAGACUUCCCUCAUCGGCAGCAUCCUCUCCAACCUCCUCCUCGUCCUAGGAAUGUGCUUCUUCUUCGGAGGCCUCCGCCGUACAGAGCAAUUCUUCAACAAGACCGUCGCCCAAACAGCCGCUUCGCUCCUCGCCCUCGCAGUAGGAAGUGUCAUCAUCCCCACCUGCUUCGACGAGUUCGCAGCCAUCAAAUCCCAAUCCCACGUUGCCGCUCUCUCGCGCGGGACGUCCGUUAUCCUCCUGGUCGUGUACAUCGGAUACCUGUACUUCCAGCUCAAGACCCACGCCGUGAUGUUCAACGAGGAGAGCCAGAAGGUCGCCAUGCGGCCCCGCAAGAACAAAGUCCCCGCUGGAGCGAUAUCCAAGGGCAUCGCGAAGGCAGGUGGUGUUGCGGCUGGUGCGGGACGAGCUACGGUUACGGAUCGCCCGCCGAAUGACGAGCUUAUUAAUACGAAUGCGUAUGAGGAUGCUGAUGAUGAGGAUGAGGAGCCGCAGUUACAUAUUGCUGUUGCGUGGGCGACUCUCGCGGGUGCAACGGCUGUUAUUGGGCUUUGCGCGGAGUUCAUGGUGGAUUCUAUUAGUGCCAUUACAGCCAGCGGAGCUAUAUCCAUCGAAUUCGUCGGUUUGAUCCUUCUCCCCAUCGUAGGAAACGCUGCAGAACAUGCCACUGCCGUGACCGUGGCCGUGAAAGAUAAGAUGGAUUUGGCCAUUGGCGUUGCUGUUGGAUCGAGUAUGCAGGUUUCGCUGUUCCUGAUCCCGCUGCUGGUGAUUAUCGGGUGGAUUAUGGGCAAGGACGAGAUGGAUCUGAGUUUUGAUGGGUUCCAGAUUGCGGUGCUGUUUGUAGCUGUGCUUUUGGUCAAUUAUUUGAUUGGGGAUGGCAAGUCUCAUUGGCUCGAGGGUAUGCUUCUGCAGUGCCUUUACCUGAUUAUCGCUGUUUGUGCUUGGUAUUACCCACAAACAGACGGUAAUGGCAAUCUCGUCACCGAGGCUGGUUAAAGGGGUCGAUUUUGUUACCGAGAUGUUUUUUUAUUUUGUUUUUGUAUGGAUUUCGGAGGCGAUGUUUUCUUGUUUCCUUCCGGUUUUGGCAUUAAGCGAGGCGCACUGACCACCACUCAUGGAUUGCUUCACACGCAACACAGCACAACAACCAACAACAGAUUACGAUUCCAUUCCAUUCCAUUUUACCGUAGGAUGAGCCGAGAUGUGGAAUCGAAUAUCAUCCAUACAUUCAGCUAGCUCUCAGCCCUCAUGUCUCAGGGCCAAUACGUUACAUUUCUUCAAAUCACGAAUCCCGACCGAGUCCCAGUCUCUUACCUCACCCCCUCAUGUCCGCUAUCUCGGUCCCGGUCCGGAUCUCGAUUUCUAUCUCGGUAAAUCCAUUCCCUCCCACCCACCGUCUUCCACCGUCUCCCACCGUAUCGAUGUCUUUCGCAAAUACCUACAUCCGGAGGGAGCCCCAGACUCAGAUAUGUCUACAUGUACCAGGUUCUUUUUAGGACACGACAUUACCGAUCUUCGGCAUGGAUAACAUCCCACGAGCGACGAGCUGGCUUGUAUAUCCGGGGAGGGGAGGUAGAAAUGCCUGGCGUGGAUGUUCUUUCGAGAGGGGGGGGUUACCUUGGAUGGGGGUACCUUUGUGUGGUGGUGUAUGAUAUCGGGAUUUGGGAUUUGCGAUCUGGGGAGUGGUUAAGCUAGGAACUAAUGCGCUGUUUUCCUUUUCUUUUGUGUGCCUAUGUAAAUAAUCAAUACGAAAUUGUAAUCUCUGGACCUGCUCCUGUCUUCCCUUUCUGCUUUUAA